UCCCAGUUCCCCCCUUGACCUCUGUGCCCUGCUCUUCCCCCCCACCCCCCGAUUCUCUUGAUGUCACAGCUGCUGUGUUCCGUGCUGAUCACCUUUUUUUUCCUGACCUCCAUAACUCUCCACCCUGACAUCCUCUCUGCCCAUGUUGCUGUUGUCCUCUGUUCCCAUACCCCUGGUCCAACCCUGCCGACUCCUCCCAGGUCAGUUCUGCCCAUCUGAUCCUUUGACGAUUCUGCCCAAACACCCUUCCUCUAACUCCAAAUCCCCCUGUUUUUCACCCUUGUACUUAAACACGUGCAACUUACCCAAAUCUUCAGAUUCACAAAGUUGUACCUAUAAUUCUCAGCUCCUAACCAUUUUCUCUGCAUCCCUCUCAUAGAAUCAUUGAAUACUUACAGCAUUGGCUUGUUGAGCCAGUGAGUGCGUCAGCACAUGCAGUUUAGCUGCCCCGAGCCCCUUUCCACUCCCAUCUCUUUCGUUUUCAAAUGCGUAUCAAAUAUGACUCAGAAAACCACAUGAAUCUGCCUCUACUAAAUUCAGUCAGAGCAUUCCAGGUCUUAAUCACUCACUCAUGUUUAUUCUCAUGCCCUGUUUGGUUCUUUUUGCAUCCGUCCUACGGUGGUUUCCUCUGGUUUUCCACCCUUCUACCAACUGAAUGUUUUUUCUGUACCCCUCAUGGAUUUUGCAUAUUUUAUAUAGAGAACAUCUGACUUGCCAAUCUGUUCUUAUAACUGAAAUCCCGGGACCCUCCUUAAUUCUCUCCAAAGCCGUCAUAUCCUUCCCAAGUAUCCGAUCUUGAAUCAGACAUGCCUCUCCACUUGAGGGUGUAUAUUUCAUACAGGUUCACCAUAACUUUGUUAAUUUUGUGCCUCAUGUCUUUGUAAAGCCUAGAAUCCUAUAUCCUUUUUUAUAGCCACUUUCACAAAUUGCUCUGGCCCUCGCCAAUCAUGUGUGCUGAUAUACCUCCAGGUCUCUCUGCUCCACUACUCUGUUUCUGAUUUUUUUUUCUCUCAUUUAUAUUGCCUUUCCUCACAUGUUCUACUAAAUAUAAAUUUGUAUUAGUUUCAUUUUUCCUAAGUCUGCCCAACCCACUAGUCUGUCCAUGUUCUCCUGAAAUCUAUCACUGUCCUCUUCACAAUUGGCCACUUCCAAGUUUUGUGCCAUCUUCAUAUUUUACAAUUACAUAUUCUGCAUCCAAGUCUAUUUCUUUAAUGCAGAUAGAGAAAAAUGUGGUCUUAAUACCAGCUCCUGGGGUAUCGCCAAUAUAUGUUAUCCUCCGAUUCAAAACACCACUUACUUAGCACUGGAAUACAAGAACUAGGAGCAGAAGUAGACCAAAUGGCAUAUUGAGCCGUCAUAUUGAUUUUGGAUGAUCUUUGCUCCAACUCCACUUUCUGUCUCAUUUCCAUUAAUCCUCAAUUUACUGAGACACCAAAAAUCUGCCUGUCUGAACUAAAUGAUGAAAAAUCCAUAAAAGAAUUCCCAGCUCUGAGUGAGGAAUUUCUUGUCGUCAUAAUUGUAAAUGAUCAUCCCCUUAUGCUGUGAUUGUAUCCCCAUGUUCUUAAGGAAACCACCUCUGUAUAUAUUUCUGAAUCUUGUAUGCUUCAUUGAACAAACUCCAAAAGAAAUGGACCCUCUGUAAUUUAGCUUUUCGUCAUAGAACAGUCUUCUCAUCCCAAGCACCAACGCGGUGAACCUUUGCUGUCUUACCCGCAGUAUGAGUAUCUCUUUGCUUGAGUAUGGUGAGCAAACCUGCACAUAGUAUUCCAGGUGCGAUCUGCUCCGCUGGUCACUGACUGGCAGUUUGAAAUUGCCACAUUUACCCUGGUUUUUGCUUCCUGCCCAUUAAUCAAUCCUGAAUCCAUGCUAACGUAUUAUUCAAUCCCUCAAGGCCUUUUUGAGCAAUUUUGUGUAGUACCUUACCAAAAAAACCUUUUGGAAAUCCAAGUAUACUACAUCUAAUGCUUCUCCAUCAUCUACCCUGUGAGUUACAAUCUGAAAAAUAGUAAUAUAUUUGUCAAACAGGGUUUCCUUUUGUAACUUGAUCUCAUUCUAACCAUUUUGUGCUUAUCUCAGACUUCCUUAAAGAUAGAUUCCAGUGCUUUCCUGCUGAAUAAUAUCAGGCUGUAUUUCCUGCUUUUUCACUCCAUUCUUUUUUGAAUCAAAAUGUUUGCUGACACCAACGAUCUGCCAAUGAUUGCUAACUGCAUGUGCUCCCUUCUGAUCCUUUUAAUUCUGCGUAUGUGUAGAUGUAUGUGCAAUAAAAAAGGAAUUUUUUUUCCAAAAAAUGAACAAGAAAACUAAUUGACACCCAUUUUAAUUAAAUACUUUCAUAUUUGUCUGUUUGCUGGUUUUCAAUUGCACGUUUUUACAAGUGUUUUGACAGACUGUGUAUCCUCUUCUGUGUCAGUGGAUACAGCCUUCUUGACUAUGGUGUUGGAUUUGUUGAUUCCUAACCUGCUGAAAUCAUUCCUGAUUCCGGACUCUUUUCAAAAAUUGCAGCCAGGACAUUCACUGUCUCUGCAGUUAUCCUUUUCAGAAACCUCCAUGCAGCUUGUUAGGCCCUGGGGAUUCAUAAGCUUUGAAUCCUUCAGUUGUCUUAGAACAUUUUUCUGUGCUGUUGUGAAUUACCUCAGUUUCCUGAGACCUUUUCUGGUAUGUGUCCCCUGUCUUCCACUGUGAACGCUAGUAGAAAAUAUUUUUUCAUGUCUCUACCAUUUCCUCAUGCUCCAUGAUAAUUCUUUUGGUCACUCAUUCUAAGGAACCAACAUUUAGUAUAGCUACAGUAUUCCCAUUAUGUCCACAAAAAUAUUUACAGUCCUUUUUCUUACUGGCUGGUUUACUCUUUUUAACAUGUUUCUUUUCCUUUUUAUCCACUUUUUGGUGGGCCUUUAGCUGGUUUCUAAACACUCCAGAUUCUCAGGCUCAUUAUUCAAUGUUUAAGCUCUUCUUAUUCUAUUACAACUUUUUAACCACCUUAGGAAACCACACGUGGAUUCUUUGGCUUUUCUUAUGAAUGUAAUUUAUGAAUGAUUUUGAAUUUUUUUUUGCCAUACCUUUGAAUCUAUUUACACAAUCAAUUUGGGUCAGUCCUACCCUCAAACGUACGUAAAAGGCUUUGUUUGACAUGUUUGAAACUCUCUGUUUCCUAUCAGCCGUAACUAUGCUGCCACAUCUUUUUGUGAAAAAAAAGAUAGGCUUCAAGUUUUCUGAGAAGCCUUCUGUAUGACACUUCAUCAAACCCCUCUUCCCCAUCCCCGCAUAUUGUCACCACCUCUUGUCACCACCCUCCCAUUCCAUUCCUGCCUAUAUCCCUGCCACCACGGUAUCUUUUACAUCUCUCUGAGAGCAUGUCCAUUUGCAAGAGGACACCUUGGACACUGCAGCACUUGUUCAGUAUUGCACUGCAGUGCCAGUCUAUGUGGUCAAGUCUCUGCAAUGUGACUUGAGCAGACAGCCUUGUGAAUCAGGUUAAUUGUCUACAAGGAUGCUAAGCGUGGGUUUAGAAAGACACCUAAAAAAAUUGAACCCCGAAAAGUGGAGCCGGACGAAAAGAUUCUGAAGAACUUGGCCUCACGUGUGAAUCGGACGAGCAAAAGCAGCCUCACCCCAAUGCUGAAUGAGCCAGUCUUACCUAAAUCAUCAUCACGCUCAUUCAGAAGGCUUGUCAGACCUUUUGUGUUUACUGUAGGGUUCACAGGAUCCUCAUUCGGGGUGGCAGCUAUCUGGCAGUAUGAGUCUCUCAAAUCCAGAGUUCAAAGUUACUUCAAUGAUCUCCGAUUGGAUUGGCUGGAAAAGCAUCACCCACCCAAAGCUGGUGAUAUCAGGAAACAGGUGAAUCAGUGGUGGAACAGCCUUACUGAGGGGCAGAAGACUGUCACAGGGAUUAUAGCAGCCAAUGCUUUAGUGUUCUGUUUGUGGCGAGUCCCAUCAAUGCAGAGGACCAUGGUGAAAUAUUUCACAUCUAAUCCUGCUUCCAAGGCGUUGUGCUUGCCCAUGGUGCUGUCGACCUUCAGCCACUACUCAUUCUUUCACUUGGCAGCAAACAUGUACGUGCUGUGGAGUUUCUCUUCCAGUAUAGUCUCACUUCUUGGGCAGGAGCAGUUCAUGGCUGUCUACCUAUCAGCAGGUGUUAUCUCCACGUUUGCCAGUUAUAUGUGCAAAACUGCAACUGGCCGCUUAGGAGCAUCACUUGGAGCUUCUGGUGCAAUAAUGGCUGUCCUCGCUGCAGUCUGCUCUAAAAUGCCUGAAGCGAAACUGGCCAUCAUCCUGCUGCCCAUGUUCACCUUCACAGCCAGCAGUGCUCUAAAAGCAAUUAUAGCCAUGGAUACAACUGGCCUGCUUCUGGGAUGGAGAUUUUUCGACCACGCAGCUCACUUGGGUGGUGCAUUUUUCGGAAUUUGGUAUAUCUUUUAUGGCCAUGAGCUGAUUUGGAAGAACAGAGAACCUCUGGUAAAAGUGUGGCAUGACAUGAGAACUAAGGGUCCUGGGAGUGGAGGACGUGGCCCAUCCUAGUCAAAAGGUUGCACUUCGAAAGAAAAGUGACAUCCUCUAUGCUUUGGGACGAGCACAGGAGAGAAGCAAUAACCAAACACUGGGCCCCAGCAGAAGCAGGAGUUUACAGCAGGACCCUGAAUUCAGGCAAAGCUACAAGCUGUGGCAAAUUUUUAAACUUCUGAAGGAGUGUAUUUAGACUAUUUACAGGACUGUACAGUGAGAAAUAAACAGGAACAUUUGGAAGAAAAGGUUUUGACCAGACAUUUCUCUUCCCCACUGCAUUACCUGAUUCCAGCUCUCCAAAAAACCACUGACUUGAGACGCAACUGUUAAAAAUCCAUCAGCUGCUUGAAGCACAUUUGAAUUUGAGAUCAUCCUUUACAAUGACAUAAAACAAAGAACUGCAGAUGCCGGAGGUUCUGAAACAAAAACAGAAAUUGCUGAAGAAACUCAGCAGGUCUGGAAGCAUUUGUGGGGAGAAAACAGAGUUAAUGUUUCGAGUCCACUGAUUGUUCAUCAAAACAAUUCUGAUAAAGAGUCAGAGCCAAUGUUGCCAGACGUGCCAACUGUCGCCAGUUUCUGUUUUUGUUUCAUUUAUUGUUGCACUCAGUCCCUGGUUGAGUUAAACGGCGUAAUGUGAAGUUUGUCAAAUUACUUCCCACAAUAUACAUCCAUCCAUUCCCUUAUCUGGAGAAAGAAUAUGUAAUGAAUGUUCAAGAUUUUACAGAUUAGGCAAGUACAUCCAGCAUUUGGAAAUUACUACCGCAGUGUAAAGUUCUCAAAGAUAAUGGUUUCAACAUCCACAUAAGUUAUGUGUUUAUUUGGUUGAUGCAGAGCGUAUUAGGGAGACACAAGCCCAUUAGCUCAAGUCUGCAGCUCUCAAGUCAAGACCCAUACGUGGCCAAAGUGCACACGGUGGUACCAGUGGUGUUUAACCAGCAAAAUCCAUGCAAGCUUACCACAUUGUGGGCCUGGUAAAUUCCCACUGAUGGUCUGCAAGCCAGGUCCCCAAGAACUACUAGGCCAUUGUAUCGAGAAGUUCUCUGAAGUCAAGUAGGAAGAAUCUUGACUCCAGGGACAGGUUUAAAGGGUGACAAACUGUUAAGAUUCCAGUUUUAAUUAUUGCUUUGGUACACAGAAUGUUUUGGUCAAUUGUCAAUCAUUGUUUAAUGGUUAGGGAAAGAGGUUUGUAGUUUGCCACUAUUAUGGUUCGAAGUCUGAGACUUUUGCUGCCAUGGUCUGUUUCUGGUGAGUGAACAGCGUAACUGUCAGACCUCUGCUCCUUUGUGCAAACGACGUCUGGAUUUCUCAAUGACUGAUAGGGGUAUUAUGGGUUUGUGUCUUUCCCCAGUUAGGGAGGUAGUCCAUUUUACCACAUUGCUCCCACUAUGUGGCAUUUUAUAUCAGAAAAGUUGUGAUCUUUUUGAUGCAAAUAAACUGCUCCCCUUCACUCCAGUGCUCAAACAUUCAAAUGCGCAGAAUAUCAUAUUGAAUGUUACGUGACACAGAUGACUUUAUCACCUCUUGUGCUACCAAGUAUAGGGAUCACUAACUCUAAAUGCUCUUAUCUUAUCACAUCACAAGAAAUAAUGUAUCUAAAUCAGCAGCGAUCCAGUACACACGUUCCCCGUGCUCCUACAGACUUGAAAACUCACUUGAAUUGCAUGCACUACUCGAAUUAUUUGUAUCAAGCACAUUAUCUAAAAUUGUUAAAUUAUUUACUGUCAUCUCUGCUUUAUUUAAAGGCAAAUAGGAAAAAGCAAAGUGAAAUCAUGUCACCUUUCAUGGGUUUUGGUACCCAUUGUAUAUCAGCUGAAGUGUUUUUUCUUCAAAGUGGUAAUUAUGGGGAAGAACAGAAAGGAUUGCUGGAGCAUGCAAGGUAUCAUCCAAUAAUGAAAUAAUUUUCUGAAGAGAUGCAAAAAGAACAUGCAAGAUGAGUUGGGAAAAUUGGAAAACCUUGGAAUGUGUAUUCCUGUCUUCCCAUCCCAACAGCUUUGUCUGUCACCAUUUUCCCCACAUUAUCUUUCUCCUAAUUGACGGUGAGUCAGUCUCCACCAUGACUUUGAGUUCAUCACUGAGCCAGUGGCUGAAUUGAUUAAAGUAGCCACGGACAUUUGGAAUGCACUUUGUCGUGUCCUCAGGAUGUUCCAAAGCACUUUGCUUCUAUAAAAGAAAUCCGUGAAUAGUCAACCACAGCAGCCACUUUGCUCACAGUAAAGCCUUCUGAAGAACACACAAAUCCUUGAAGGAAGAAUGUUAGUCCUGUCACUUUGAGUGCUCUUAAAUUAGCACCUCUGAGUCUUUUACUGGUUCCAUGUUAAUAUUCUACUGAAUCAUAAUUCUGCCGAUGGUGAUGCACCGUGGAACUGAUUUCAAUCAUGUGAUUAAGAAUGUAGAUGUCAUUCUAUUAAGUGUAGUAAACAAACCAGCUAUCACUGUUCCCAGAGAAAUAUUGAGACUGCCAACUAUUCUGACUAAGGGAAAUCUUAUUUCAUUGUUGUCUUGCUCCCAUGUAUGGCUGAUUUUAUGUUCUUGUGCUCCCUGCAACCACUGUUCAAAUAUUCAAAAUGGCUAUUGUCAACAAUUCCUGUGGUUUCACCCUGUUAAAGCACACAGAUUUCAAUUAA